CUGCACUACACCUUCUUCUUCUAAACUCGUCAACUCUUCCAUUCCGUAACGUAGAGUAGACGGCAGUUACGCACACAGAAGUAAUUCACUCGUCAAUUUGACGCUUUGUAGUCCACGACCACGCGCGUUGAAAGCUGUCAAAACAAACUUAAUGGAGAAGCAAUUUCCCGGAAGACCUAAACAAACAAACUUGCUAGCAAGAUGAACAGCAAUAAUACAUUUUUAUUACAAACCCUGCCACUGCCCGCAAUCUGAUCCGCUGAAGUCGCACACAAUCGGAGAAAGUGAGUGGCCGAUGCUACCACAUGGCUUCGUCAAUUGAAGAGAAGAAAAUCCACGAAGAGUUAUCGGCAAUAAUAAUUUGGGCCGAGCAAGUUCGCGUAGCGGUUGAUGAGGCGGACUCUUUCAAAGCCGAUUGUCAAGAAGUAGGUAAGCAAGUGGAUCGGCUCUUGCAAAUGCUCCGGAGCGUUGCUCGAUUAGCUGGCUCAUCUCAAUCACUCUACGACAGGCCAAUUCGCCGUGUAAUUUCCGAGGUGUCGAGACACAUAGAGCGUGCCCUAACCCUAGUCCGGAAGUGCAAGCGUCGGAGCGUGCUACGACGAGUCGUCAACAUUGUAACUGCGGCCGACUUUCGGAAGCUAUUAAGCCUUCUUGAAGCUUCCGUCGGCGACAUGAGAUGGCUUUUGAGUAUCUUCGACAUUGAAAACAGCGGCGCUUCUGGCGGUAUAGUUCUUUCUUUGCCACCUAUAGCUAGUAACGACCCGAUUUUGUCUUGGGUUUGGUCUUACAUUGCUGCUAUACAUAUGGGCCAGUUGAGCGAUCGUAUUGAAGCCGCUAAUGAAUUGGCUUCCCUGGCCGCCGAUAACGAUCGUAACAAGAAAAUUAUUGUUGAAGAGGGUGGAGUGCCUCCUUUGCUUAGACUUUUAAAAGAAGUCUCCUCGUGGGAGGCGCAAAUAGCGGCUGCCACGGCGCUUUAUAAUUUAUCAAAUGAUCAAGAAAGAGUGGGGAUUAUAGUAAAUGAGCUUGGGGUUCCAAUUAUAGUGAAGGUUUUAAGUGAGUCUUUGAUGAAAGUGCAGAUUCAGGUGGCGCAUUUGGUGGCCAGAAUGGCGGAGCAUAAUAAUGUGGCACAGGAUGAAUUUGCGAGGGAGAAUGUGAUUAGGCCACUAGUAUCGAUUUUAUCUUUUGAGACAUUUGUUGAUGAUCAAAGGACUAAUUUGGGUAAGCAGAGUAUUCAUUCACUUGUGCAGAUUAAUAAAGAAUUGGAGAAAAAUACAGUGGUCGGCUCCAAGAGUUCUCGUCCUUUGUAUAGUGAAGGUAGUAGUAGUAGAUCAGGGCCGAGUAGGAAAGAGAGGGAGAAUGAGAAGCCUGAGGUGAAGAUUAAGUUGAAAAUUGCUUGUGCUGAGGCUUUGUGGAUGCUUGCAAGAGGAAGUGUGUCAAAUAGUCGGAGAAUAACAGAAACAAAAGGGUUGCUUUGUUUGGCAAAAUUGGUUGAAAAGGAACGAGGUGAAUUGCAGUACAAUUGUUUGAUGACAAUAAUGGAGAUAACUGCUGCUGCUGAACAAAAUGCUGAUCUUAGACGUGCUGCUUUUAAGACAAAUUCUCCUGCUGCUAAAGCCGUUGUAGAUCAGCUUUUGAGGGUGAUUAAAGAUUUAGAUGCAACAUUGCAAAUUCCAGCUAUAAAAUCAAUUGGUUCAUUGGCCAGGACUUUCCCAGCUAGAGAAACUAGAGUACUUGGUCCUUUAGUGGCUCAACUUAGUAAUAAGAACCCAGAAGUGGCAACUGAAGCUGCCAUUGCCCUUCAGAAGUUUGCUGGUCCAGAGAAUUUUCUCCGUAUAGAGCAUUCAAAGGCGAUUAUUGAGUUCAAUGGUGUUCCACCUUUGAUGAAACUAUUAAGGGUUAAUGACUGGACACAGCUGCAUGGAUUGGUUCUGCUCUGCUACCUCGCAUUACAUGCUGGCAAUAGCGAGGCUUUGGAGCAAGCUAGGGUAUUGACCACCCUUGAGGGGGCUGACCGAAGUGUGGUGGCACAACAUCCUGAGUUGAAAGAUCUGGUGGCGAUGGCAAUAAACCACCUGAAUCUAUACCAUCCUGGAGUUCAUUCUCAGAGAUUGGCAUAUGGGCCUUUAUGAUUCAAUUUUUUUUUCCCUAAAAUCAUUGUGUUGAUACUUUUUUUUUUUUUUAAUCAGAUUGAAACAGGGUUACAGAAACACGUUGGCUCACUCAGGUAUAAAUACUAGUUUAUCGAAGUAAAGAGUUCUGUGGCAAGGAAGUGAUACACUAUUUUAAAUUGAAUUAGAGUUACUCUGAAGUUUUACUCAUUGUCAAAUGUAAAUUUGCUUUGUGACUCAAAAGUUAUUAUUAUACUAGUAGCUUGCUGACCAUAA